GUGCGCCGUGCUGCUGCGCUUGGGGGAUGAGCUGGAGAUGAUCCGGCCCAGUGUCUACCGCAACGUAGCACGCCAGUUGCACAUAUCUCUGCAGUCUGAGCCUGUGGUGACUGACGCAUUCCUAGCUGUGGCGGGCCACAUCUUCUCUGCAGGUAUCACAUGGGGCAAGGUGGUAUCUCUGUACGCGGUGGCUGCAGGACUGGCUGUAGACUGCGUGAGGCAGGCCCAGCCCGCCAUGGUCCACGCCCUCGUCGACUGCCUGGGAGAAUUUGUGCGCAAGACCCUGGCGACUUGGCUGAGGAGGCGUGGUGGAUGGACCGACGUCCUCAAGUGUGUGGUCAGCACGGACCCUGGCCUCCGCUCCCACUGGCUGGUGGCUGCACUCUGCAGCUUUGGCCGCUUCCUGAAGGCUGCCUUCUUUGUGCUGUUGCCAGAGAGAUGAACUGCCCACCUGGGCAUUGGCCCUCUGGGCCCGACACAGGAGGCCCUCAGCACCUGAAAGCAUCUCCCUCCUCCCCACCCAAGCCGGGAGCAUGCCAACCCUAGGAGCCCUGAACCCCAAUCCUCUGCAGACCCAGGCCCUCUGGAAGGGGUGAGCAGGGAGGGGCUUCCCUGAGCCUGGAGCAGGACUUCAGGGCCAGCCUGUGACCCUUCCCCCUUGUCCCCUCCUCUUGGAACCCCUGUGUCUUCCCUUUUCUUUCUGGGGCCUGGAAGUCAGGGUCAACUCCUAGGCCCCAAAGGAAGGGAACAGUAUGCUCUCAUUUGAUGCCCCCGGUCCCAUUGAAGGAAGAGGGACUAUCAGGACAUGUGUCCUCAUGGUCCUGCACAUUCCAUCUGAAGGUGACUGACUGUCCUGGCCAAAGCUGAGGGAGCCAUGGGGACUUGCUACCUCCAAAACAGCAUAAGGCUCAUGUACUGAUUGCUUAAUCCAUUUCUGGAGGGAAAGUUUGUCCCCCACUUGUGACAGGGUCCUUGUAUGUAGGGACCAGGCCAGCACACCUGACCAAUAAAUGAGAAAUCCUAUGGAUGAGAAGGAAGUCUGCAGAAGUUGGAUCCCAGUAAUGUUUCACAUCAAUGGAGGGUGAGGUGACCCCAUCGAUAUGACUACAUGGGGAUGUGCCCGACAAGAUCCCCUAAAAACUCAGACCAAGAAAUCCAUCCCUGCAGGGUGCACUUGAGGCCCUGAGCCACCCACAGCCUUCCUUGAUGCCCACAGUUCCCUGGUCAGAGCACACGAGACAUCCUUCCUGGAGCCCCUGGUAGCCCUGUCCCAGCCUGGUGCAGCAUGGCACUCAAAAGACACGCACAGGCUGGGUGCGGUGAUACUUUCUCUGGAGUCAGGGCUGGCCUAACAGCCUACCCUCCAAAAGCCACACACUUGGGGAGUUCUCAGUUGGGAGGGCCCCUACAGAAAGCCAGUCCCAGAAUCAAGCAGUGUUCAAGUCCCAUGGGGGUAGAGGGUGGCAAUAAACAUCUCCAAACUAUCGCUUUCAUUUUA